CGAACUCCAAUCUAUUUUUUCCCGUGUCAAUAAUUUUCCCUCAGAAUCCCGUUUCGAAAAUUAACGAUUCUCAUAACUGCGAAUUUGACCAGCUCUUUCUCUCUCUCUGAGAGAAUCUGAUAAGCCAAUGGUUUUUUUACAGAGCAGAGGCAAUCUAUUAAUCUUUCUUCUCCUUACCACAUGCGUGAUUGAUAAAGCACAAUGCAUCAGAAUUCCGGAUCGGAUUUCGGAACCCGCGAGGGACCCACCUAGCCAGCAGCCCUUGAAAACAGCGGUUUUCGCUCUCGGAAGCUUUUGGAGGUCCGAAUCCGUGUUCGGGUGCUUGAAUGGGGUCGUACGGACCACAGUUGGUUAUGCCGGCGGAUCCAAAUCCAACCCGGAGUACCGAAGCUUGGCCGAUCACGCCGAGUCCGUCCAGGUUGAGUAUGAUCCCAGGCUGAUUAGUUUCAAACAACUUUUGGAGGUUUUCUGGUCCAGUCAUGAUUGUAGGCAAGUAUUUGGUCAAGGUCCUGAUGUGGGUAGCCAAUACAGGUCUAUUAUAUUUACUAAUGGAACUGAAGAGUCUAGAAUGGCUGCUAUCAGCAAAGAAAGAGAGCAAACUAAGUCAAGGAGCAGCAUUGUGACUACUCAGAUUCAACAGCUGGGAACGUUUUAUCCUGCAGAGCCUGAACAUCAGAAAUUUGAGCUCAAGCAAAAUCCCUUCUUUCUUCAACUAAUUGGAAACCUGCCAGAAGAGGAGCUUGAGAGGUCAAGUCUAGCCACAAAGCUAAAUGGCUAUGCUGCAGAACUUUGCCCUCCAAGGGUUCAGAAGCAGAUUGAUGCAAAAAUAAAUGACAUUAUGAGAAAAGGUUGGCCCAUUUUAAGAGAAUUGUAGUUUAGUCUUUUGGGGUAUUAACUUUAGACAAAUAUGCUUCAGCUGACAAGCACCUGUGAUCGCACAACAAUCAAUUUGAGCAAUUUGCUGGAGCGUGCUGAAUAGUUGGAAAUUACAAGUUAUUGGAAAGACGAGCUAACUGAGUUCAUUGAUUCAACCAGCAGGAAACAGGUAUUAGAAAUAUAAGUGCCCCUCAAAUUUUACCAGUGGUAUUUGCUAUUUGGUUGAUGGAGAUUUUAACCUCAUAGGCAUGCGAUAACAGUUCACUGUCAAAUCAUUGGUUUGUGUAAUUAUUAAUUUGAAUAAGAGUUGUCUUUUUCUUCUUCCUUA